GAAUCAUGGGGGAGUUGGCAGACUUAGAGAUGUCAGGUCGCGUCAAGCGUAAAGGAUUUGGUGAGGUGUACAGGAACACAGACACGCUGGUGAGACGCGGCGGGCAUGUCAUCUUAAUGUAUGACACUAUAAUGCAUAUGACGUUGGACAAACUCUUCUCUGAAACAGGACGGUGUGACUUCUAUAAGCUCAGGGGACAUUUAAUGCCAAAGCUGAAUGGCAUGAUAGUUCCCAAAGACAGUCCUCUUCUGUAUCCCUUAAAUGACAAGGUGUUAGCAAUGACCGAGGCAGGGUUGUACAACUACUGGAUAAAGUCUGCCCUUCCGAAUUAUACUUACUGCCUCAAUCCUCCGUCAAAAAUAUCCAUCAGUUCCUCCCUCUACCUGUCCAACUUAUGGGGAAUUUUCGUGGUUCUCGCAGGUGGAUACUUCCUCAGCUUACUGAGUUUUUGUCUGGAAAUUGUCUGCGGUGUUAAUCUUCACCUUGGUGAAGAGGACCCAAAAGAGAAGUCGAUUGCUUGACCCGUGGGCAUAUCUGUCUAUGGAUACAAAACACUGUGAACUAAGCUUUCGGUACACGAGGAGGCAGUAUGACCGCUACAUCAUUUGACUGCAUUCACUUAACCAGGUUGUAGCUUAAGUACCCAUUUACAGUUGUGUUAACCGGGGGUGCUUGGGGAUCGACCCAAUAACCCAAGGAACAGAUGGCGAGCGCUGUAUCCAUUCGACCCCCGCAGUUUUGUGCAAUAUGUAGCUAAACAUAAAUAAAAGAAAU